CCGUGUUCGUGGUUAGGUGUACGAAGUUAUCUGCUUCUGCAACACUUUGUUCGCGUGGAAAUCUAGUUAUUAGUGCGGUAUUACAAGACACCGUUUACGUUAGAAACUUUUUCUAAUAGAAUCUAAUCAUUGUACGUUUGCGUAGCUGUUCUAUUAUAAGCGAUAGUGACUUUAAACACAUAAUUUUACAAAGCAAGCGUGACGGGAUCAGCUGUUGCUAUCAGAAAUUGCACAUGUCCGUCAGCAUGUGAUACCACCGCGUGUUCAGUGGUGUAAUUCAGCGGAAGAAGAACGAAAAACUUGCGUUCAAGAGUAACUAGGGCUGUGAAGUGAACCAUGAACUACAUUGGCAAGUUCAUAUCAAACUUCAAAGACUUCUACAAUGACAUCAAUGCUGCCACCCUCACUGGAGCGAUCGACGUGGUGGUGGUGCGCCAGGAGGAUGGCUCCUACCUCUCCUCGCCCUUCCACGUCAGGUUCGGCAAGAUGGGCGUCCUCAGGAGCAGGGAGAAAGUCGUGGACAUUGAGAUCAACGGCGAGCCUGUGGACAUCCACAUGAAGUUGGGCGAGACUGGUGAGGCUUUCUUUGCCCAAGAACUGGACGAAGAUGAGGGGGCAGCUGUCGACGAAGAGACGUGUCUCGACAACUACCCUAAGUCAGACGAAGAGGCUCGGUCACAGGACUCAGGAUUCGAGGCUGAGGACGCGUUGCAGGACGCGCCCCGAACUCGCAUCCUCAGGAUCAGGACCGACCAGCUGGAUCCUGAGCCUGGUCUCCUGCAGGACGCUGCUGGGGUCGAGGUGCCCACAACAAAUGGAACCACCCCUGAUAUUGCCUGUGAAUCCGUAUUGGAUGCUUCUAGUCUACCGGAAAAAUUAAACUCGAAUGCUAAAGACGAGAAACUUGAUUCUUCUUUAGAUAUUAAGAAUCAAGUAGGUUCAACUAAUGUUAAGAGCCACCUAAAUCUAACGGAUCAUGAGAGCCAGGUUAGUUCAUCAGUAGUCGAUGUGUCGCCUAUAAAUUCAUCCGGUAGCGAUCAUAAAGUGAAUUUAAGCGAAGACUCCAAAGGAAAAGCCGUCUCGUCAGAUCAUAAGGGCCAGUCAUCAGAGCUGGGUGUUGUGUCCCGAGUACCUCGCCAGGACAGUUCUAAGUUUGUGAUGCGACACACGUGCACUCAGACUGACAUCGAGCAGUUCCAGCUCGUGCCUGAGCUUCCCAAGAAGUCCAAGCCUUCCUCUGACGCGGUGGUCGGCGACGACUCGCCUGGAUCCACUGCCGAGAACGCGCGCAUCAAGGUGGCCAAGAAAAGUUCUACCGAUACCAGUACAAAGGGCGUCUCCAAGUCUGAGGUUGACUCCAAGGAGGAUCCUGACGACAAUUCUAAAGGGUCGCGCAACCGUCGCAAGCGUCGCCGCCGCCAGAAUUACAAACAACAGCAGCAGCAACAACUGCAGCAGGUGACCGGCAAGAAGAAGGGCACGUCGGGCAGCCAGAGCAGUGACGCCUCCACCACGUCAGAGGUGGCCGACCUCGCCUCCGUCGGAGGAGCCCGUGAUGGCAUCAAGGACGGCUGCGUCUUCGCCAUGGAUGACGUCGAUGUCAAGGACGGCGUGGCACACUCGACUAGUCUACCUCUUCUAAGGGAAGCCUCAACAGUCGCCCCACUCCCCACCUCUCUCUCUGCCGGACUCGUCGACACGCUCAGGCAUUGGGCUGACGUAGACGGUGACACGGCGGCGUCGCUGCGGCAGAUCUCGUGCGCGGAGCUGGGCCCUUCCUUCCACCCCUUCAGUGACACCGACAUCAGCCCCCCUCCCAGCCCGAACUCGUCGCGGCCUGGCACGCCCAUCAAGUCAGACACCGAGUACGAGGUUGAGCGCAACCGUCAGGAGGUGAGCGACCAGAGCAUCAAGGCUGAUGCUGAGGGCAACUGGAACUGGACGUGGGGACAACUACCCACUCCUCCCGUCAAGCCUAAGGGCGUCACCACCACAUCCUCCACUAGCUCCUCUUCAGCCGCCUCUCCUUCAACCGCAGUAGCAGAAGGCGAUCCCAGCGCGGAGGAGAGCCCAGCAACUGCGGGAUCUGGCUUGUCUGCACUUCAGCCGUAUGUGUCAGGUGCUCCUGCAGACUCUGCUGAGAAGACUGCCACUCCUGUGGUGCAGACUGCUGCUGCUGCUGCAGAACAAGAAGCUAGCAUAGUCCAGCGGUCGAUGUUCGGCGGGAUGCUGUCGUUCAUGAGAGCAACGAAGAAGGCUCGUCACAAUCCCCAGUCCGAGGGGAUUUAUCUCGAGGACCUGAACCCCGACGACCUCGACCCUGAGGUGGCUGCGCUCUACUUCCCCAAGUUCUCUGCCGCCUCGGGGGGCUCCUCUGCUUCCGCUAGCGUCCCCAUACCUGGUCGCAGCAAGCCUGAGGAUGACGUGGAGUCAGGGAAGGGUCCCUCUUUGCCGCACUCCCCUCAGAGCUGCGGGGACACCCGCCUGGUGGGGCUGGACUCUGAUGCUGAGCACGACUCCUCACCCCGACACCCUGUCUUUGACUACAAAAGCUACCACGACGUGGCGCUGUCGCUGUGCGGUCGCCUGCAGGAGCUACGGGACAAGGAGGUGCCCGAGUCGCUAUUCCUACAGAACCUCGUCACCUACGACGACUUCUGCGCCAACACUGCCGAGGUGCUCUCCAGUCCCGACCUCGUCGUGAGGCUGGGCGGCGCUUACUACAACUGGGCAACCGCAGCACCACAGCUGCUCGCUCUCAUGCUCUUCCAGCGUCCCUUGCCUGACGUUGUGAAGGAGGAGCUGGUACGGGACCACAUGCCUAAGAAGGAGCCCCGUAAGCGGAGCCCGUCGGUGAGCGGCGGCUACUCGUGGUUCACGUGGCGCCGCCAGACCGCCGACACCGUCGAGACCGUCCCGCCUCCCGACCUGCCCGACCAGCUGCAGGCGUCAGAUGACACUGUGGAGGUGACGGCCGCGGAGACCCAGACGUCCUCCCCCAGCACCCCCGAGAUGGGAUCGUACCAGCCUCCGGACUCCCCCACCCUGGGGACCGACAAGGGUGACGACCUCCCCAACAAGUCCCAGAGCAAAUACAAGAAGAGCCUCCGUCUCACCUCCCAACAGAUCUACACUAAUGUGUACUACCGUACUAAUGUGAUGGGCUGCAGUACACUAANCAGGUACCAGGGCACCACGAUAUGCAGGUACCAGGGCACCACGAUAUGCAGGUACCAGGGCACCACGAUAUGCAGGUGCCGUAUCUACCUGUGGAACUACGACGAGAAGAUCAUCGUCUCAGACAUCGAUGGCACCAUCACGAAGAGCGACGUGCUGGGCCACCUCAUGCCCAUCAUCGGCAGGGACUGGUCCCAGGGCGGCGUGGCCCAGCUCUUCUCCAAGAUUAAAGAUAACGGAUAUCACUUCCUCUACCUCUCUGCACGCGCCAUAGGCCAAGCGCGCAUCACCCGCGACUACCUGCGGUCCAUCGUACAGGAGGACGUGAGCCUUCCUGACGGCCCCCUGCUGCUCAACCCCACCAGCCUGCUGCAGGCCUUCCACAGGGAGGUGAUCGAGCGCAAGCCUGAGGAGUUCAAGAUCUCGUGUCUGCGCGACAUCCAAGCUCUCUUCCCCAGCACCAGUAACCCCUUCUAUGCCGGCUACGGUAACAGGAUAAACGACGUUUGGGCCUACCGCGCCGUGGGCAUCCCGAUCUCGCGGGUGUUCACAAUCAACCACAAGGGGGAACUGAAGCACGAGCUCACCCAGACUUUCCAGUCCACGUACAGCAACCUGAGCGACAUAGUGCACCACAUGUUCCCCGUGUACUGCCACGAGACGUUGCACCACGGCGAGUACUCCUCCGUGAGGUACUGGAGGCAACCUCUACCUGACUGUGACGAUGAGAUCAACCAGCUACUGCACGGCCAGUCCUCUGCCUCCACGCCUGCUUAACUUCAUCUAGAUUAACGUGAUCAAUGCGAGGCUUGGCAAGGCCAAUUCAAUGUCUCGAUUUAUAAAUGACCUAGAUUAACGUGUUCAAUGCGAGGCUUGGCGAGGCCUGGAUUCAAUGGCCAGGCCAAUUCAAUGUCUCGAUAUAUGAAUGACCUAGAUUAUGCUGAUUAACGUGAUCAAUGCGAGGCCUGGCAAGGCUGCUAAGACUCGCAAUUACAUAUUGAGUAAGGAUAGGAAUAAGGAGGUCGGGAAGUUGGAAAGUGAUUAUGACCAUUUGGUAAUUGGUGAUGUUUAGGGUCUUUAACUUUCUGGAUUUUGUUUGUUUGAUUUCUCAUUUAACGUAAUGACAGGUCUUGAAGCAAGAUAAUGAAACCUAUUCAUUUAGAGGGUUGGGAACUGUUCGAUGAGCCCAGGCUCUACUGGGUACGGCACCCAAUGAAGAAAGGUCAGCCCGUCUUAGAGAACGAGCUUAAAAAUGUCUCUAGGAAUGAGACAUUGACGAUCUCUUCAUUUUAUCUUGGAUGACUCAGUCUUCCCUGCUAGUCAGCUUCACUCGGGAGACCGUCGUUAUCGCAACGGUGGACUAGUCGAUAUUUUUCGAAUAAUCGUGCGUGAUCUUGUCGAUUUAUAUCGAUUCUUACUUGUAUAAGCAGGCGCUGAAUUUCGCCUGUUUGUUUUCUAGGAGAAAAGAAUUAUUUGAGAGUAGCUUGAAAAAAACCUUAGUGAUAAUUUACAGUUGGAUGGGAGAAAUUCCAGUUGCGAUUACCCGGAUUGUGGUGCUUGUUUGAAUUCUUACUAACUUCUAAGACGGAGGGAGAAGCUAAGCUGAAAUCGAUAUUUCUUUGAAUUUUGAAGUUC